AGAGCUCAGCACCACAACCUUUAGCCUGCUAGUAGCACAACUUGCCUCUUUCAUAAACAGGGAAGGUGUUGUGUUCACCAUGCACAGGGCUAUCAACAAGACGAGACAGUUGGCUGGGUUCCUCCAGAGGUUCCAGAGCACCUUGGUGGUCGCGGAGCACAACAAUGACAAGCUGACCCCCAUCACGCUCAGCGCCAUCACGGCCGCCAACAAGCUGGGCGGGGAGGUGUCCUGUCUGGUGGCUGGGACCGACUGCGCCAAGGUGGUGGCAGAGCUCAGCAAGGUCCUGGGAGUGAAUAAAGUGCUGGUGGCCCAGCAUGACGCCUUCAAAGGGGCGCUGCCCGAGGAGUUGACUCCCAUCAUUCUGGCCACCCAGCAGCAGUUCAAGUUCACCCACAUCUGUGCCGGAGCGUCCGCCUUUGGAAAGAACCUGCUCCCCAGAGUGGCAGCCAAGCUAGACGUGGCCCCCAUCUCAGAUAUCAUCGAGAUCCAGUCCCCAGACACCUUUGUCAGAACCAUCUAUGCGGGUAACGCCCUCAGCACGGUGAAGUGCAACGAGUCCGUGAAGGUGUUCACCGUCCGAGGGACGGCGUUCGAACCCGCAGCGUCGGAGGGAGGCAGCGCUACGUCAGAAGACGUGGCCUCCUCCUCCGCCGUCGGGGUCUCUGAGUGGCUGGAGCAGAACCUGAGCAAGAGUGACCGCCCGGAGCUGGCCGGCGCUAAGGUGGUGGUGUCAGGAGGGAGGGGCUUGAAGAGUGGGGAGAACUUCCAGCUGCUCUACGACCUCGCUGAGACCAUGAACGCUGCAGUGGGGGCGUCCAGAGCAGCAGUGGAUGCUGGGUAUGUUCCAAAUGACAUGCAGGUGGGACAGACCGGCAAGAUCGUAGCACCAGAACUCUACAUCGCUGUGGGAAUCUCAGGCGCCAUCCAACAUCUGGCCGGGAUGAAGGACAGCAAGACUAUUGUUGCCAUCAACAAGGACCCAGAAGCCCCCAUCUUCCUGGUGAGCGACUUCGGCCUGGUGGCGGACCUCUUCAAGGCCGUCCCUGAGAUGACUGCUGCACUCCGCAAGUGAAGUGGAUCACCAAACUCUUCGUUUUCAACACAAAAGACGGUUCACACUGUGGCCACCAGGGGUCGUUGUUUCCCGCCUGAGCCUGAUGCGCCGCCCAACGCAUGGAUCCGAUGAAGCUCAGCUCGCUGCGAUGCCAGCAGAAAGUUGUUUUUAUAAUUUUAAUUUUCUAACGGCAACUGAUGGGAGAGCUUGAUUCUUCUCCCAUCACAUGAUACCAGAGUGCCAUUUCCUGUGUGCUGAUGUAGAGGUUCUAUACGUCUGAAACAAACUAAUAUUAUAUUGUAUUAAACUGACAAAGUGCAACUGACUUGCCAUGUUUUCAUUUUAUUCAGUAUC